CCAAUCACAACAUCGCAAAGUUCUGAUGCGGAAGAGGGAUGCGAAGGAGAUGGCUGAACUUAGAUAGCGCUGUGUCUGGGAAUAUCUUCACCAUGGACCUUCUCCGGAGGAAAGAGGGGAGCGGGGGGCGGCUGCUUGUCCUCGCAGUCAUUUUCGGGUGGUGUUUAGGGUCUGUGCGCUGUUUCGGGCAGAGCCAAGACAGCGAGUUCACGUUUCUGCUGCCACCCGGAAGGUCGGAGUGUUUCUUUCAAACAGCAAUAAAGAAUGGCACGAUGGAGGUCGAGUAUCAGGUGAUAGCAGGUGCUGGUAUGGAUGUUGACUUCACCAUCCUCUCUCCAGAAGGCAUCCGGCUCAUCAUCGAGUCUCGACGCUCUGAUGGAGUCCACGUGGUGGAGCCUACAGAGGAGGGAGACUACCAAAUCUGCUUUGACAACAGCUUCAGUCACUUCUCAGAGAAGAUGGUUUUCUUUGAGAUCAUCAUCGAGGGUCAAGGAGGGGAUGUGGGUGGAGAUAAUGAGUGGGCAGGUUUAGAGGAGCCUGAUGGGAGCCUGCUGGAGUACAAGCUGGAGGACAUCCGGGAGUCCAUGGACUCUCUGCACAAACGCUUGGAGCGCAGCCGUCACAUGCAGACGGUGCUGCGGGCAUUUGAGGCGCGGGACCGAAACCUUCUGGAAGAUAACCUUUGGAGGGUCUCAUUCUGGUCCUGUGCCAGUGUGCUGGUGAUGCUGUGUGUGGCCCUUACACAGGUCUACACUGUCCGUAAACUGUUUGAAGAUAAGCGGAGGGUCUACACGUAGAGAAAACAUUGUGCUGCAUUACAGGACAGACUGGGAAGGAAAACACUCCCAACACAAGACGUUCAGCUGGUUACCCAUUCAGAUUAUACUCUUUUACUUUGCAUUUUGUUACAUGAACACCAGCAUUCAACAUCAUCUCUAGUGGAUCUUUUUUCUUGUUUUCAAUCAGCCUGCGAGCAAUAAUUAAAUAUUAUUGCUGUAGAUCAUGAAGGGUAACCAGACAAGGAAGAGAUGGAGGGAGUUGAAGUUGGUCAUUUAAUUUCAUUUAGUGCCUUUAAUGUAAAAUCUUACCACAAACCAAUGAGAGAAUACAUUUUUUAAAGACACGGCCUACAUAGACAGAACAAAAAAUGUUGUAUAACCUGUAAAGGUCGGUUAUACGACACAACUCAAAAACUGAUCCACAAUCUUCCUGGUUUGCCUGUUUACAAGGAAUAACAAUGUGCAAUACUGUUGUUGGUGUAUUUGUUCUUCCUGACAGUUUAAGAUCCUGCCAUUAAAUUGGUGAUUGGUCCAAAUUUUACGUGGUUACAGAAUAAUUGAUUUUUGGUUUCUUCGAGAUGUAAUGAUUUCUUUUUAUGUGCCAACAUGUAAGUCAUUGUUGACAAAUAAGAAUGUAUGGCAAGAAACAGGGAUGAUUUACAGUGUGAUUGCCAGUAACAUAGAAGUGUCAGUACUCCUCCAGACACAUAUGUAGUACGUACACAUGAAUGUCAGUUCAGAUAUGCAUCAUGAUAAUUCAGUGUGAACAUACAGAUUGCUAGAUGUGUGUUUCUGGACGAUCAGACUUCCUUUUAUUCUGAUGUUGAUGUUGUAUUCUGAUUCUGAUUACUGUUGCAACAGAAUGUGACAAAUUGUUUGUACUCAGCCAUGGAUUGAUUUUUUUUUUUUUUUUUUUUUUUUUACUAUGAGCAGACUUUCAUCACAUGUUCUAUAAAAUAAUUAAGAUAUUCAGGUUUUCUUGGGCGUCAUUGAUAUUAAUAAAAUGCUUUUUAUUUUUUUUAUUUUUACAUAGUAAAAUCUUGGUUUGAUGUGAGUUGUCUUUUUAGAAUGAAAACCGACAGGGCUGAAAAAUGAAUAAUCUUUAUAAAUGUGUUCUGUGAUGACUUGAAUAGUCACUGUAAAUAGUACAAUAAAGCAAAAACUC